AUGGCACCCGGUCUUCGCAGGCCUCCCCCGGAUCGCGAGAGCAUCCUCUCAUCCAUCGGCCUGCCCCCCAGACAAGAUAUACCUACCCCUGCCAGCCCCACCUACGACCCCGGUCGCCCCCAAGGCACUCGCCGAUCUCGCGCCGGCAGCAAUGCUCGCCAGCGCAGCGAGCGCUCCUACAACCAGUCCUACAACCCCAACGGCCGCGAACCCGCAUUGCCCAACGGCAGAUACAACGCCAACACCGAUCCCGAUCGCCGACGCCAACGAGAUCAGCGAGACUACGAUCGCGACUACUACGAUUCCAGCGGCAGGCCUUACCGCACCCGCCACGAGAGCAUCUCGUCGCGCAAGGCUGAUCGCAGCCGCACCCUCGAUGCCCGCAGGCCAGCCAUCCCUCCCGCCUACUCCAACGACGACUUCUUCGCGGAACGAGAACGUGACCGCAGACCGACUCGGAGCGCAAAAGCUGAUGCACCUGCAUCGCUCCGCGCAGAGAGGUCUACUUACGACCGCGAUCGACGCAUCGACUCGGACAGGGACAGGACCAGGGACCGCAGGCCUCACCGUCAGCUUGACCGCGAUCCUCGUGACGAAGUUGAACGCGAAGAAAGCGGUGAAGACAGCGACGAUCUCACGCCGGCGGGCGCUCGCGGCUUCUCCAAGGUCCCAGCAUCUCGCCGGGGCGCCAACGGACGCGACCUCGAGCCGUACGAAGACGCCCAGGAGCCGGCUCCCCGCGCUCGCUCUCGAUCGGUCCCCCACGAUGCAGCUGCGACACGUCCCAGCACCUACGGACGAGAGGCACGUGGCGAUGACCUGCUCGACCACGAGCUGAGGGCGGGCAGCAAACGCAGGAGCGUCCUGAGCCGCGUCCUGUCGUCCUCCAGCUUCCAACGCCCGAGCCAGGCGCCGCCUCCAUCGGGUCGCCUCACGCGCUAUAACACCGUCAAGCGGACCGACGCUUCGGAGCGCGGCGGCGCACGUAUCGACGAGGUCGAUCCCGCCGAGGAAGAGAGGCUAGCCAAAGAAGCACUCGGCCUCGUCGGCGGCGUCCGACGCUCGCGCGUGUUUGACGAGUCACACCCACAGUGGCUCAGCGGAGACGUGCCGAGCGCCAAAAACGAGCACGAGUCCCUCGGACGGGCUACCAGCAAGAGGACCGGCUCUUCGAGAAACAGCGAGCGACAGAAGACACUCGAAUCGCUCGAACGCAACCGCGGUGCCGCCAUCCUUGACGCUCCAAAGCCGGCCGCACCACACGACAGGAGCAAGAAGGCGUCGGCCGCUGCCGCAGCUGCUGCAACUGGCGUCGCCAUCGGCGCGGCUGCUCCGUCCGACCCGGACUCGGACUCGGGAUCGUCGGUUUCCUCGAUUGACAGCGAGCUGCUCGAGGAUGCGCACGAGGCGCCCGACGUGCACGACGACGACGCGCUCAGCACCAUUGUGCUUGGCACGGCAGCUCCGGCAGGCGCGGCGCCUGCCUCGCUCCCUGCGGCCAUUCCUGAAGAAGAUUCGAGCGACGGACAGUCUUCGUCUGCAUCGUCUGAGGAGGAGGACGAUGACCACGAAGUUGACAUUAAGAAGCCAACGACUCGCGACGCGUCCACGUCGGACGCAAAUGGUACGGCCAGGACGGCCACAGCCGCAGCUGCCCCAGCUCUGGCGGGCGCGCUCGCUGCUGCACCGGCGGCCGCCUCGACCAAUGCCCAUGCCGCCAGUGCAAACGCGCAUGGCGGGGAAGAGGUGUCGGAAGAGAGCGAAUCCACCGAAAGCUCAUCCGAGGAGGACUCCGGAACAUCGACUUCGGCAUCGGACGAAGAGGACGAUCCAGCGGCUCCCGCGGUGGCUCCUACCGUAUCGCCAGCGUCUCAGUCCAAGGCGCGUGCCGCCCCGGCUAUCGUGGCAGGAGCUGGGGCUGCCGUGGUUGCGGGUGCGCUGGCCGCUGGAGCCCUCAACGGUCGCAAGUCGCACGAAUCGCCGAAUGCUGCCGCUCAGCGCAAACUCGCAGCCGAGGCUGAAAAGGAGCGCCUGCGGGUGGAGCAGGCCGAGCUCGAGCGUGAAGCCGAGUCGCAGCGCCUCAUCGCAGCCAAGGCGGCGCGCAAGGACGAAAAGCGAAAGGCCAAGGAGGCUGCCGCGGCAGCCGCCGCUGCCGCCGCCAUCAAGGACAGGGAGGCCAAGAAGGCAGAGCGCGAACAAGCGCGAAAUGCGAAAGAGCGAGAGAAGCUCGAGGCCAAAGAGGCCCGGCGUUCGGCGAUGGAGCGCAAGGAACGGGAGAAGUCCGAAGCGCGUGACCGUGCGAUCCGCGAACGCGAAGACGCCGAGGCCAAGAAACUCUUGGCCAUCCGCGAAGCCGAGCGCGCCAAAGAGGAACGCCUAGAGGCACGCAGGCAGAGUCGGCGGAAGCCGCACGGCGGCCGCGGCCCCGCUACACGCGGCGAGUCUGUGCGCCCGCUGACGCCCCAGCAGCGCCAUUACCUCCUCAAAGCGCUGGUGAUGCUGCAGAUGCAGAGCGAAUGGAGUGAGCUUGAGAAACUCGGUGCGCUGACAGAGUACGGAUAUCCGUUCUCGAGCACGAGAUCCAAGCUGGCUCGAGUCAAGACGUUCGACAAGUCCGAGGACGGCGAGUUUGCGCGGUCGGCGCGCGACCCAUAUGCCAACGACGACACAAUGCGGGAGACGGAAGAUCUCCAAGAGCCGCUCAUUCUCCGACACCUCUUCCACGUCCACCUUCACACCUUCCCCGGCCUCGACCGAGCGCCGGAAAAGUACUGGCAGAAGCGGAUCCAGCCCUUUUUCGACGAAAUGGCGGCGCGCAACUUUUCCUCGUCGCUCGAACGCGGCGAGAUCUCCAAGCGGCGCCUGUACUCGUACGCGCUGACGCGCUACCUUGGCAGCUUCUUUGCGCGCGGCUUUGGCGUCCGGGGCGAGGGCGAGCUGCGCGGGCCGGGAGUCGGCGAGCCCGGCUCCGAGAAAUGGGGCGUCGGCAAGCAGUGGGGCAAGGGCACCGUCAAGCGCGGCCUCGACAAGCCGAUCCGCAUCGAGCCGGAGCUGUUGGAACGCAUCGACAACCUGUUCGAGGGCGAAGGCGGCCGGCUGUGGCGCGAGGCGGGCAAGGAUUGGCGCAAGGUGCGGCGGGAUUGGUGCGGCUUCAAGGAGAGUAUUAUCGAGAGUGAGACGGGUCUAGAGGAGGCGAUCUCCUACCUCGACAUCAGCAGCAUCAAGAACUUGCCGCCGCACUACAAGAACUCGGUCGAAUUCGCGCGCAUCCACGCCGCCUACAUCUUCCACGCUCUCUUCGUCGCCGCACCCAACGCCGAUGAGCUCUACAAGAUGGUGAAGGGCAUCCACGCUCUCGCGCCCUACUGGGGUGCCAAGCAGCUGCUCAAGUAUGCCAACGCCGAGACAAUGAUCUCGGGCAUCCUUUCGCUCCUGCUGGCGCGCCCGGGCGGCGCAAAGUCGCUGCUACAGCGGAUCUUUUCGUACGUCGUCGGCAAGGAUGCCAGCUACAUCCAGAAGGAGUUUGUCGCGCCGAUCCGCAAGGAGAUCGACGACGAGGAACUCGCGCGCAAAGUCGAGGAGUACGUGCGCCGCGGCGACCGCGUCGAGGCGCGCCGGAUGCGCGACACGGCGCUCAAGCGCGGAGAAGAUGUCCUCACCACGAUCCUCCUCUCGCCGACCGAGCCGCGCCUUGGUCAGCAAGCGCGCGACCAUGUCCUCGAGCUCCAGCGCUGCUUUACCCUCUCGCCCUACCGGGGCGACCUAGGCCUGGCUUACCCUGAGACGACGCCGCUCGGCGCCGACCGCCCGCCGGUGCCAUCUUGGGGUGCUCAGGGCGCCGAGCAUGGGCGCGCGCGCAAGUUUGCGCUGCUCAAGCUGCUGCUGCGCGAGUCGCUCAAGCGCCGCGACCGCGAGCAAGCCGUCGAAUUCGCCAGCGGCAGCUUGAUUCCCGCCAUUAUCAAGGACUCGCUCGAAUCCGUCUUCUACCCGAUCAUCCGUACGAUUGCCGCCACGGCCAAUCUGAGCGAGCGCCUGGGCGACUUGCAAAAGUUCAUCGAUGACCUGCUUGACGUCAAGAAGCGCGGCGACGACCACAUCGAGGCGUGGAUCGCGCUGGCGGCGCGCCACGAGCAGGCCCUCUACUUUCUCUUCCACGAGUGCGCCUCGAUCGCCAAGCCGCUGUGGGACUGGUGCCAGCUGGGCCUCGACUACAUGGCGCUCUCGACCACGGACCCGGCCAACCCGGCGGACCGUUCGGCGCCGAACCUCGAGGUCAACUUUGAGGAGCUGCUCCAGGACGCUCGCCUCACCGACGCCGACGUCAAGAAGGUGCUCAUCGAGAUCGACCGCCUAGCAGCGUUCACGAAGUGGUCCAAGGUGCGCUACGAGCUCGAGGCUCGGAAGAACUACCUCCUCGCUCGCCCCGAGGCUGCUUCGCCGAGCGGCCUGUGCGAGGCUGAGCUGCCGCCGGACGCCGCAGCGGGGCUGCGCAAGGAGCUCGAGGACCUCGACGGCAUGAUGCGCGACCUGCUCGAAGAGUCGGGCCUCGAGCUCGACGACGGCAACUGUGCCGACGGCGUGCGCGGCACCGAAAAGUACGACUUCCCGUGGGCCUUUUUCGCCGGGAUGGAUCCGCUCAACCAGCACCUGCCUGCUGAGGCCGAGGCGGGCGAGCUGCGCGUGGCGAAGGUGCCGACCAAUGUGGCGCCUCCGACGCUCAAGCACACGCGCAAAGUGCUGCCGCUCUUCUGCGAGCUGCUCGCGAGCCGCAUGCCCGAGUGGCAGUCGGAGGAUGUGCUCGGCAGCCUGGGCGCGCAGCAGCAGCAGCGCCAGUCUUCGUCGAGGCUGCCGUCGUUUGGCGGCAAGCGCAAGGGACCGGCGACGACCUUUGACAAGGAGACGAGCUUCGACGAGCGCCAGAAGAAGCUCGAAACGCGCAGCGUCAUGAGCUCGGCCAGCUCGCGCUUCCGGCUGCCGUCGCUGUUUGGGCGCAAGUAG